AUGGGCAAAGGCGAAGGAACCAUUUCUAGUCACCCACUAGAACUAGUCCACGUCGACCUCUCGACCCAUUUUUCAGAACAAACCGAAUUUACCUGCGUGCUGGUAGCAAUCGACGAUGCUUCCAGUUUCACUUAUGUGAAACCCCUACGCAAGAAGUCCGACGCACUCCAUGUCCUUCAAGAAUGGAUCAAAUAUGCCGAGAUUCAAACUGGACGACAAUUGAAAACCAUACGCUCUGAUAAUGGAGGAGAAUGGUGCUCAAAUGUCGCCAUGCAUUGGCAAAAUGAAACUGGCUUCAGGUGGCAGAAAUCAUCAGUCUAUACCAGCAAACAAAAUGGCAAGGCCGAAAGAACCAUACGCACGAUCCGAAACAUCAUGAGUUCAAUGUUGCACACCCACCGACUCCCCCAAACAUUCUGGCCAUACGCAAUCGAAGCUGCAGCCUACACGAAGAACUUGCUACCAAAUGUCAAAGAUCAAAUCCCUUAUCAGGUCUUCUACAACAAAGAUCCCAGAAAACCAUUCAGACUACUUAGAACUUUUGGCUGCCUAGCAUGGGUAAAUAUACCCAAGGUAAAAAGGAAGAAACUCGAGGACUCAGCAAUCCCAGCUAUCUUUGUAGGAUAUGAUGAGGAGCAUAAAGGUUGGAAACUUUUAUCUCCCAACCACAAUCCCAGCGUAUUCUGGAGCAACUCAGUAAGAUUCCUGGAAAAUCAAUGCUGGGAAGAUAGGACCGACGCAAUGCCAAUUAAAGAAACGGAUGCCAUUUUCUAUGACAACACUGCCGACAUUGAAGAUCUCUCAUACUCAGAAGAGGAUGAAUUCGAUGAAGAACUCUCCCAACCCCUGGACGACAUUUACCACCCCCCUUCAGAAGAGGAUCUGAUGCUCGAGGGGGACCCUUUUUCACCCAACCUAUCACCAGAAGACUCAGAGCCCUCUGAAAUAUCGACAACACCAACAGGACAAGCCUCAGACGGAACAACAAAUUUCGAGCACCGACCCUCUCGUGAAGUUUCACCCAUGCCGGACCCAAAGACUCUCUCCAGACAGGUUAGCGAGCAAUACUUGGAUUCGAAUGAAACACUAAGGAAAUACCAAAACUAUUUCAAUCAAUUCCAUAGUGCAUGGGAAUCGCGACCCUGGAUGCACCCGACCACAAUUGCAAUACUACUCCGAAAAUGCCCAAGGCGUUGGCCAGACGACGAAACCAUACGAAACUUCCAAGAAAGUUUGAGGGAACGUGGCCUAUUGAUUGACCUACCAAACCCGAUAUACCAGGCCGAAGUACAACUGUUAUCACCAGUACUCCAACCAACAGUCAAGCAAGCUCUAAACAGUAAAAACCAAGCCCAUUGGAAAGAGGCAAUCAAAGCAGAAAUGGAUGGACUCGAAAGGAUGAACAUUUGGGAAAUAGUGGACAGACCUCCGAACACAAACCUAGUCGACUCUAAACUAGUUUUGACCAUAAAGACUGACGCAAACAUGAUACCAAUCAAGUAUAAAGCACGAUUCUGUGCCAGAGGAUUUUCCCAAAGACCUGGCGUAGACUACGAUGAAAUAUUUGCCCCAGUCGUCCCACAAGAUGCUAUCCGCACAAUCCUCACUAUCGCAGCCCGGGAGGAUUGGGAAUUAGAUUCCAUCGACGUCACCCAGGCAUAUCUCAAUGCUGAUCUGCACCACGAAGUCUUUCUCAAACCUCCCGAAGGAGCCGACAUCCCAAAAGGCAAAGUUUAUAAAUUGAUCAAAGGACUAUAUGGACUGAAACAAUCUGGCCGAGAGUGGAAUUUAGAAUUAGAUGCCCACCUCCGAUCCAUGGGUUUCCUUAGUCUCCCUUGUGCACCAUGUGUUUAUCUCAGGGGGACUGGCGAAACAAAAGUAAUCAUCGCUGUUUACGUCGACGACAUGCUCAUCACGGGGCCAAAACGGAGCCUAAUUGAUACUAUCAAAAAGUCAAUUACCGACAAAUGGAAAAUAACAGACAACGGACCAGCCAAGGAAUUCCUCAAAAUUAAAAUUACCCGCAACCGCCAAUUGCGAAUAAUUAGCCUUGAUCAGCGAGCAUAUAUUGAAGGAAUUAUCAAAGAAUGGCUACCAGAUGGAGAAAAAACACGAAGCCCAAUGGACACAUCUCCACCUAUCAUGUCACCCAACUACACACCCCCAGCAGAUGUCAAACAACAGUACCCGUCAUUAGUUGGCAAACUAAUGUGGGUCUCGAAUACUGUCAGACCAGAUAUUUGCUUUGCAGUGAAUACCCUUGCUCGACAUAUAUCUAGGCCCUCCCCCGAAGCGAUGCAAGCAGCCCUCAAGAUUGUCAAGUAUCUAAAUCAAACUAAAGACGAGAUUCUUACCCUGGGAAAUGAUAAAGCCAACACCCCCCCAAUCGUAACAUACACAGAUGCAAACUGGGCCUCUGACCCAAAUACCGACCGACGCAGCACCUCCGGAUCCGUCACCCUAAUAUUCGGAAGCUUGGUAGGAUGGAAAUCUCAUGUUCAAAAAUGUGUAUCCCUAUCAGCCGUCGAAGCCGAAUUUGUAGCAGCAUCCGAAGCCUCUCGAGAGGCACUUUUCUAUAGAUAUCUCCUACGAGGCCUGGAUAUAGGAGAUUUCGUACCCAAGAUCCUAACAGACAACACUGGGUGUAUACAAGUAGGACGAGACCCAGUUAAUCAUGCCAAACUUAAGCAUAUCGACACUAGAUACCACUUCCUUCGUUUCUCAGUCCAAGAGAAGGAAGUAGAUAUCGGAUAUGUCAAAACCCUUGAUAAUGUUGCAGACUUCUUGACCAAGCCAGUAAGCCGACACCUAAUGACUACUGCACGUCAGCGAUUAGGCUUCACUUGCCAAAGCCCCGCUUGUUCAGCUGGCGAGGGGGACAGUUAA